AUGGAGGAGGCUCCGCAGAACGAUCUCGCAUCUGAGACACUAAAACCACGAUCUUCAGAAGCCGAAGGCCAAUCAGACGACCCUCCAAACUCCUCUUCCCCAGUACCAUCAUCCCUAGAUUUCAAUCCUCCUCCUAAGCCGCCGUCUUUGCGAAUUGCGAAUGAUGGACCAUGUUCUAACACGAUGACUUCUUCUUCGGCUCCUUUGGGACAAAUAAAUGCUGCGCGCCGGCCUGGAGCGCCUCCUGCACGUGCCAGCGGGCUCACCUCAGACAUUGCGGCCAAGAUGAAAGCCUUCUCUCUGUCACGGCAAAGAGCGCCUGCACAAAAUAUGCGGCCGCCGCCUAGCGCAGGUCAUACCCUGUCCACAAAUAGUGCUAUACCUUCGGGGGCUUUUGCGCCAGGGACUAUGGCACAACAUGAAGGUCAACAAGGCGGCGGACCGGCAUCUCCGCAUGGACCUCUUGCUGGAGGAGCGGGAGGACUCAGUCCACCAUCUUCAAUGGCCAGGCCCCAAGUUCCGAAUUGGAACUCAUCGCCUCAGAUAAGCGGACAAGGCCCUCGAAUGGUGACGCCACGGCCUGGAAUGGGAGGGCUUGCAGCUAAGAGAGGUAUAAAAGGUGGUGGGAUGAAGCUUUCAGACGCGACAGGUCCCUCUCAGCCACCUUCUACUAGCGGCAGUAAUACUUCACAGCCAGCCUCAAAUGACACCGGGUCUGCCUUUAACAAGUAUUCGAAUAUUAUCGACACACAGAAAGGCACUCUCAACUUCGCGAACAAGGCUGUGAUACACGGUGGUGGCAUAGAGUUCACAUCGGGCACGAGCUUCUCGAUAUCACUUGACGAAGUGGACACGAUGGAAGAGUUGGGAAAGGGCAACUACGGAACUGUCUACAAAGUUCGACAUUCAAGGCCGAAAAUGAGAAUACCUGGUCAAGGCCUUCGGGGGAACAUGAGUACUCGACCCUCUACAACUCCAACAUCAAGCAUGGCUUCAGACGACAGCACAGCUAGUGCACCAGCAACAACCGGGACAGGUAUCAUCAUGGCCAUGAAAGAAAUCAGAUUGGAAUUGGAUGAUGCCAAAUUCGCUGCCAUCAUUAUGGAGCUGGAUAUUCUGCACCGCUGCAUCUCACCUUUCAUCGUCUCAUUUUAUGGUGCCUUCUUCCAAGAAGGAUCAGUCUAUAUCUGUCUCGAAUUCAUGGACGGCGGGUCCGUCGAUAACCUGUACGGUGAUGGCGUUCCUGAGGCCAUCCUAAAAAAGAUCACGCUCUCCACAGUCAUGGGUCUUCGAUGUCUGAAAGAUGAACACAACAUCAUUCACCGAGACGUGAAACCCACGAAUAUCCUCGUCAAUACCAAAGGCCAGGUCAAAAUCUGUGACUUUGGGGUCAGUGGGAACCUUGUGGCCUCGAUAGCAAAGACAAAUAUUGGCUGCCAAAGCUAUAUGGCACCUGAACGUAUCUCGGGCGGUGGUGUUGCUCAAGCUGGAGCCAAUCCAGGUGGUGGAACUUACAGUGUGCAAUCCGAUAUAUGGUCACUUGGUCUCACCAUCAUCGAAUGCGCCUUGGGUCGAUAUCCUUAUCCUCCGGAAACGUACAACAACAUUUUCAGCCAAUUGAGUGCCAUCGUCGACGGCGACCCACCUGAUCUUCCGGCAGAGGGUUACAGUGGCGCCGCCCGUGACUUUGUGCGUGGCUGUCUUCACAAAAUCCCCAAAAUGCGGCCAACUUAUGCCAUGUUGCUCCGACAUGCAUGGCUUGCCCCACUGAUGAAGCCACCUACGAUCUCUGAAAACGACGAGGCGGAAGCGGCUGCCGAGGCGGGUGCCGAGGCGCCUUUCUCGGGAGAAACGGAUUCGUAUCUCGAAACAGCCGACCAAGAGGUAGCUGACUGGGUCCGCUCCGCAAUCCAGCGCAAGUUAAGCGGCAAGAUGGGUAAAUUGGAAAAGCCUGCUCUUCAUACCGUGCCUCUUGAUGCCGUACCCGGUAGCCCUCUCCUUGACCGACAAGGGCUCCAACUUGAUACGUCCUCGACAAAGGUACCUGGUCAUACCCAAAGCAACACCCAGAGUGAGGAAGAGGUAGCAGCGGCAGCCUCGGCAGUCAAAGCUGCAGGGCCGGCAGCGGAUUCGUUGCCAAGAGACGGUGUCACAGUUGGAAGCCCGGUGUUGAGAAUGCAGAAGGUGCAUUCAAUGGAUUUUGCUGAUGGUGUUGGCCAGAUCAGUCGCGGACCAAGCGACAAAGGCCUCAGUAUGGGAAGUGAUUUGCAGGGUCCAAGAAUACCAAUAGACGGCGCUCAGGUCGAAGAUACGGAACCAUAG